ACUCUCCCUUUGCCAGCAGGGAUGUCACAGUCUUGGCGACUGGUCACAGCGCAGCAGUAAGAAGCCGUUGCCUUUGGGCUGAGCUCUCUGGAAGCCUUGCUGGUGAUGCUUGAUGGGGGCUCCUUAAAGCCCCCCUCCGCCCCACCCCACGUGGAACUGUUCCAAAUGCUUCUGAGGCAUCCCUGACUGCGGAAGGCGAGUGAGCGACUUGCCACUGGUCAGCCAUGGCGGAGCAUUUGGAGCUGCUGGCCGAGAUGUCUGCGGUGGGCCGGAUGGGCACUCAGGAGCGGCUGAAGCAUGCCCAGAAGCGCCGCACGCAGCAGCUGAAGAAGUGGGCGCAGUUUGAGAAGGACGUGCAGGGCAAGAAGACCAGAGCGGAGAAGAAGAAGAAGAAGGGGAGCAGCAAGGAGAGGCGGGUGCUGUUCCCCGAGAACAUCCGGCUGCUGGAGGCCGCGUGCCGCAAUGACGUGGAAGAAGUUCGCCAGUUCCUCCAGAGUGGCCUCAGUCCCAAUUUGUACAACGAAGAUGGCCUCACUGCCUUGCACCAGUGCUGCAUUGACGACUACAGGGACAUUGUGCAGCUGCUGCUGGAAGCCGGGGCCGAUGUCAACGCCUGCGACAGUGAGCUCUGGACCCCCCUGCAUGCCGCCGCCACCUGUGGGCACCUGCAUCUGGUGGAGCUGCUCAUUGACAAAGGCGCCAACCUGCUGGCCGUCAACUCGGAUGGGAACAUGCCGUACGACCUCUGUGAGGACGACGCCACGUUGGACUACCUUGAAACAGCCAUGGCCGACCAAGGUAUAACUCAGGACACCAUUGAGGAGGCCCGUUCCGCUGUGGAGCGUGCCAUGGUGGACGACAUCCGCCGGCUGGUGAAGGAAGGGGUGGACCUGAAUACGCCGCUGGACCACAGCGCCACCCUGCUGCACAUCGCCUCUGCCAACGGCUACCUGGAGGCAGCCGAGCUGCUGCUGGAGCACAAAGCCAGCAUGAGCGCCAAGGACGACGACGGCUGGCAGCCCCUCCACGCGGCCGCUUGCUGGGGCCAGAUUCACCUGGUGGAGCUGUUGGUGGCUCACGGAGCAGAUCUCAAUGGCAAGUCGGUGCUGGAUGAGACCCCGCUUGACGUGUGUGCCGACGAAGAAGUGCGGGCCAAACUCAUGGAGCUGAAGCACAAGCACGACGCCAUCAUGAAGUCCCACGAGAAGCACAAGUCCCUGCUGCAGCGGCGCACCUCCAGCGCCGGAAGCCGAGGGAAGGUGGUGAGGCGAGUGAGUGUGACAGAGCGCAGCAACCUCUACCGCAAGGAGCACGAGAAGGAGGCCAUCGUCUGGCAGCAGCAGGCCGAGCAGCGGGAGAGCGAAGGGGAGGACGAGGACAGGCAGACGGACGCUGAGCUCCAGCCACAUGUCUUGGAUGCUGAGCCGGCGGUCGUGGAGCCGGGGGAGCAGCUGUCCGAGAGCAACGGCUCGGCCCACCCCAAGCACCUCUACUCCAAGCGCCUUGACCGCAGCGUCUCCUACCAGAUGGCCACGCAGGACGAGCUGGCGGCCGGGCUCAGCAAGGAGAAGGCGCGGCACACCCUGGCCGACCUGAAGCGACAGCGGGCCGCCGCCAAGCUGCAGAGGCCCCACGCGGAGGACUUUUCGCUGGGCCCUGGUGAGGCCCCAAUCCUGGACUCGGAGCACAACUCUGUGUACUUCACGGCGGCCAGCGGGGACCCCCCGCUCCUCAAACUGACCGCCCCGGCGGAGGAGACUCCGGUGGAGAAGAAGCGUUGCUGUCGGCUGAUGUGAGCAUGGAGGGAGGCUCUCUCCUUCCUCCUCCUCCUCCUCGGCACCCUUUGAACCAGGCCUUGCGCCCCUCCUGGCUGCGCCUGGUGGGUGCCCGCGCCUCUGGAGCUUGGAUGCAGCAGCCUAAGCCAGCUGCUCCCCAUGGGCUUGUCUGCGGGAGAGGCAGCACCCUAGCCCGACGGAAAAUCCGAGCUCCCCGCGGUCGCCGGUGCAGAAAUGUCACCUGCCAAACUACAGUUCCCUGCGUGUUGGUCUCUGGAACGCUGCAAUGCAUGCUAGGAUGUGCAGUCCCAAGGGAACGGCUUCUCUGUGUUGGAAGGAGGCAGCUGUCGGGCAGCUUGAGUGCUCUUGUCAGUUCUGAAGGUAGAGUCCCUGUGCUGCUGUCCUGGCAGAUCUCGGGGACGACGAGCAAGGAGAUUCUGGAGGAGGCCAGGUUUUGUGGGAAAGGGGGACACACGGAGUGAGGGGACCUGUGUGCACCUCUGCAGGAUCCGGUUUGCUCGAAAUUAUGCUGAAUGUUCUCUGCGGAGUUUUCUGAAAUGAGCUGAAGCGGGUGGGUUGGGUGUUACAAG